UAUGAAGCCUUCAGAAAUAUUCUUCAGUCAAGAUUCUAUCAAGGAAAAAUUUGAUAAUGGUCAUACAAUAUAUUCUACGGUCAGUGUGUGCAAAAAGCAUCCUUACGUCAUCAACAAAAUUCCCAGGAUGAGAGUCUGUAAGAAAGAUGGGAAAUGGUACACCCUAGACAACCGUCGUCUCUGGGUGUUUAGGAAGCUAGAAGCAGAGGGUCAUAUUAAGGACGUUAAGGUCAACCAGGUUAGCAAAGAUCGUCUGCCAGCGGAGAAAUUCACCACUAAAAAUGGAGGUGAAAGCGUGGUGAUCAGACAACCUUUUGUUGAAUCAGAUGAAGACUUUGAUGAUUUUUUCUAAUUUUUAAAUGAGGAACGAUGCUGGGAUUUCUUUAAAC